AUGGUGCACAAAGGACAGGGGAAAAAAUCAAAGAAACCCAGAAAAAAGGUUUCAACUCCACCAUCAACCGAAUCAAACAUUACAAUGGACGAAAUGCUAGGAUCAGAGAUUGCCUCCGAUCACAGUUUCUCACAGCGUGAUGAUAGUUCGAUUCCAAGCACUUUACCUGUUUCACAACCAACAACAAAGUCACUGAUCGUUACCGCCACUACUUCAACAGUUCCCAAUACGAGCAAAUCGCUAUCGUCAUCAAAUCAAAGUGAGAAUUCCAACGCAGACGGAUCAAUGGUAUACGAUCCACCAACGGAUCCGAAUUUUACCGAAAGUGUUACCGAAGAACAGGCAGAUUCACCUCUCAAUCAGGAGCCCAAUAAAAGCAUCCCCUCCAGAAGAAAAUCGUCAGCGCCUAGGAAGACAACCAGGAGUAACACUAAGGCCAUGCAAGAAAUCGCCAGACUGCAAUCUGUCACAACUUCAGUGGUCCCGAAGCUCCCAUUCGCACGGUUAAUACGAGAGGUUCUGAACGAGUACAGCCAUCAUGAUAUGCGUAUUACGGCUGAAAGUCUUAUGUGCCUGCAGGAAUCGGCCGAAACCUACGUUGUGCAACUGAUGGAGGAUGCCUACCGUUGUACGGUGCAUCGGGAGAGAAUCACGCUUAUGCCCAAGGAUAUACGCCUGGCAGUAAUGCUGCGCAAGGAUAGUAUUAUGUUGUAA